AUGAGGAAACCAAUAUCAACAUCAAACCGCAAGGUCUUGAUGUACGUCUACACCGCGGCUGCGAUAACAAUCACCAUCGGCGGUUCGUUGUACGGAGCAGAGCUGGCGUCGAAGCAAGAGAAAAAGAAGUUAGCUCAAAAAGAUCAUGAUGCAACUUUCGACGAGAAAAUAGAGGCACUGCAAACUGCACGGGGAAUCUUGAUUUCGAAGAAGAACACUGUCGAGAAGCAAUUGUUGGAGCUUGAAGAGAGGAUCGCCGAAAGAGCGAGAAAAGGCAUUUCGACAACAUCGAACGAGUCUUCGCGAGAACAGCCGAAGUGA